UUAUGAGCAGUCCAAAAAAGAAGAUUUUGUUGAAAGUGAUCAUUUUAGGAGAUUCUGGCGUCGGAAAAACCUCGUUGAUGAACCAGUAUGUCAAUAAACGAUUUAGCAAUCAAUACAAGGCCACAAUCGGUGCUGAUUUUCUCACAAAGGACAUUACAAUUGAUGAUAGGGUUGUGACUAUGCAGAUUUGGGAUACGGCUGGUCAAGAACGUUUUCAAUCACUUGGAGUAGCUUUUUACCGUGGGGCUGAUUGCUGCGUUUUGGUUUAUGAUUUAACUUACGCUCCAUCUUUCAAAAACUUGGAAAGUUGGAGAGACGAAUUUUUGGUUCAAGCAAGUCCUCGGGAUCCAGAAAAUUUUCCGUUUGUUUUGCUCGGAAACAAAGUCGAUAAUGAAGCUGCUAGAGCCAUACAUGCAAAGCGGGCUGAAGGGUGGUGCCAGUCAAAGUGUAAUAUGCCUUAUUUUGAGGUUUCCGCAAAGGAGGCAUUAAAUGUGGAUGAAGCAUUUAUGGAAAUUGCAAAGGCUGCGCUUGCACGUGAUGCCCAGGAAACUGAAAAUCCAUCAUUUCCUGAUCAAAUAAAUCUGAGAGCACCAUCAACUUCACAACAACGUCAAAACAGUUGUAAUUGCUAA